AUGUCUACUAGUAACAAUUCCGAUUUCAAUUUGCAAUCUGUGCUUGAUAAGAAAAAGCUCAAUGGAGCUAACUUUAUUGAUUGGUACCGCAACCUGAGAAUUGUUCUCAGGAAAGAGGAAAUUGAUUAUGUUCUUGAGCCACCAUACCCUGAUGAUCCCCCUACUGAUGCGAAUGUUGUAGCUCACAGAGCUUAUCAGAAGCACCUUGAUGCUGCACUCAACGUAAGCUAUCUCUUGCUUGCCACCAUGUCCCCUAAUCUGCAGAAGCAGUAUGAGCUUGUGGAUGCUCACACUAUGAUUGAGGAACUACGUAGAAUGUUUGAGAACCAAGCCAAGACUGAGAAGUACAAUAUCUCAAAGUCCUUGUUUGCGUGCAAGCUAGAUGAAGGUAGCCCAUUGAGUCCUCAUGUGAUCAAGAUGAUUGGUUACAUUGAGACUUUGGAGAAACUUGUUUUGAACUCAAGGAUGAUCUAG